CCAAAUAGUUCUACUGCAAGGACUGCGAGCCAAAAUCUAUAUUAAUUUAUUGAUUUCAAACUUCUAACAAAUUCGUCGGCACAACAAAAAGGAAACGAAGAUUCGAAUUUCAAAAUGGAACUCAGCUGCUUGCCUCUUUGUCGGGCGUGUAUGACAGAAAUUGAUAAUCCAGAUCUGGCCAUGUCGCUGGCAGCACACCUGGAGGAUGACUCCCCGGUCGGGGCAGUUAUUACCGAGCUAACAUCGGUGCAUAUACAGGAGCACAGCGAUCUUCCGGGUCAGAUUUGUGGAUCUUGUCUGGAGGAAUUGAAACAGUUUAUCCGCUUCAUUCGCAAGGUCAGAGAUACAGAUCGAGCAUUACGGAAAAGAAUUCGGGAAAACGACAUUAAACAAGAGUCGCUCGAGAGCCUCUCUGCGGAAGACGUAUAUCAGGAGAUAGAAGUUUUGGAUCUGGGAACGGAAAUGAUAGACGAAAAAGAUCCGGUUGUACAGGAAGAAUAUUUGGACUGGCAUGCAGCACAAUCUGAACGCUCACCAAAUAUCACGUUAGAAUUAGAAGCUUCGGUGAUCGAUGAUUAUUCGGAAGGAGAAUUCAUCGGAUUUGAUGAUGCUGCUGUUCAAGAUGAGUGCAGUGCAGUAGAAUUGGAAACUCCAAUAACUCCAGAAAUAUUGAAAAACCUUAAUGACAAAGAAACAUAUAAUAAGAAUAAUGAUGUUCUCGAUGAAGUCGAACAAAAGUUGUUCAAAGUUAUCGUGAGAACUAAAGGCGAUUUUCUGUGCUGCGCUUGUUUCCAGAUAUUUCCUUCCGAAGAAGCGCUGAAAGCUCAUAGUGAGAAACAUAAAUCCAGGAUCAAUCUAUCCAAAUCCCACAGUUGUCCGGUUUGCUACCGAAGGUACACGACUGCCCGAGGUGUUGAAGUUCACCGAAAGCAAGCUCGUGCUUUUAAAGUAUACGAAUGCACGCGAUGUCAGGGUCGCUUCAUCGACGCUAAACGACGCCGACAGCACGCUCACAAUCAUCCUAGCAGAGAACUUCUGAAGUCUUCGGUUUUGGCUCCAAUACGUCUACAGCCAAACUACCGAAAAGGACACAUUUGCUGCGCACAGGCUUGUGGUCUCGCAUUUUCGUCCGAUGAAGCACUAAUCGCUCACGCCCAUGAGGCCCAUCGUGUGAACAAAUAUGAAGCGUGUUUGCCGGACAAAAAAGAAAAACCGUUCCAGUGCAAAGUGUGCUUCAAGCGGUUCAGCCACGAGGAAGGGCUUCGGAUGCAUCAGAAAAGAAAGUACAGGCAAACGGGACAACAGUGCUCGAUCUGUGGAUUGAACCUGCCAGGAAGUGCGGCCCUAGCUGCGCACGAGCGAAAGCACAGGGAGGAGAAACCGUUCCGAUGUGAGGAGUGUUUCAAGUGUUUUACCAGUCCGGCUUUAGUGAAAGCGCAUAUGCUGGUCCAUUCGAACGACAAGCCAUUCGUGUGCGCCGUAUGCGGAAUGGGAUUUCAGCGCAAGGCUGCUUUCAAAAAUCACGAGCUUAUACAUUCGGGCGCACUGCUCUUUCCGUGUGAACUCUGUCCGAAAUCUUUCCGUCUCAAGCCCAGACUUGAGCUGCAUAUGCGUAUUCACACAGGUGCCAGACCGUACCAGUGCAGAUAUUGCGAAAAGUCCUUCGCGGACCAUAGUAACCGUCAACGGCAUGAGAUGGGACACACUGGUAUAAAACCUCACAAAUGUACAUUCUGUGAAAAGACGUUCAUCACGAGACGAUUGCGGGCAGAACACGAACGGACACAUCGCAAAGGUUAGAACGUCAUUCCGAGUCGAAAUUGUC